ACGUGCACCCUUUCUCGUGCAUCAACCCGGCAGCAUUUCCAAGAAAAGCCCCAAAAGGCUGGAACCCCUGAUUAAACACUCCAUCUGUCGACGGGCCGCAGAACUUCUACCGCAGCUUUUGCCUCUGGCCAGUUCUGCUGAUUCCGCCGGGCAGAAUCACCAUCUGUCCGCUAUUCGAUCACUCCUAACUGUCCUUACCUCCCUAACUUUAUGUGGUGAGACAACAGUCUUCUGCUUCUUUACCUUCUUUGGUCCGGCGCCAGCUCUUCUCGAUAGAGGUAUCCUGACGAUCACCACGUUUACGAGGAACGUCGAUCGCAGCGCUAUCGAUAUACAUCCGCCUUCUGGCAACUUUUGCUCCGAUUCCAACAAGAAAGACAUCGACCUAAAGUCGCCGCCACCAUGAGACUGCGACAGCUUCUCAUCCCCUCCCUUGCGGCCACUGCCGCCAUCGCGCAGUCGACGACAGAGAGCAGCAAGCAACUCGAGAAAAAUGCGGCUAUCGAUUCCCUAGUCGACGUCCCACCAGCCGUUAAGAAGUACGGCACUAAAGAUGCGCCUGUUGAUGGUAAGGAUGGGAAGCCGCACGCGGGCCCCUUCGUCGACUUCGAGUCUUCUGCUCCCGAAACCACCAAGGACUUGCCUGUUUUGAAAGACCGCCCAGAAGAUCCUACAAUUGUGGGCGGGAAGAAGAUACCCGACACCAACGAUGGAGUGAUGGACGACCCCAACCGACAGGAGCCCAAAGAAGGCACCACGGGUACAAGCGGUGGUGUAAGCGAGAAGACCAAGGAGAGGAUCUUGAAGGAGAACGAGACUGGCGAGAAGGUCGAAAACAAGCCUCAGGCCCCCAAGGAAGCUCCUCCCCUGCCGCACGUUGAGCAGGAGAAGAUCGACAGGGAAACACAAGACAAAUAUGGUGAUAAGGCAGCAGACGAUGUCACGGGCUUCGAGAAACCAGCAGAUCUCCCCGAUAAGACCCACGAUAAAUCCCCCCCUCUGCCUGACUCGGCGGGUAGAAUCGAUCAUCUAGACGUUUCCACUGGGGAGAAGACGGGAGCCAGCCUCGGCGAUUUCGACAAGGGCGCUGAAGGCGUCAUCAGGCCUUUCCACUCCUUCUUCCUUUCGUUCACUAUGAUUCUAUUUUCCGAGAUCGGCGACAAGACUUUCCUCGUCGCUGCCCUGAUGGCUAUGAAGCACGACCGCCUUGUUGUAUUUUCCGGCGCUUUUGCUGCCUUGAUCACCAUGACCAUCCUCUCAGCCGUCUUGGGACACGCCGUGCCCACACUCAUUCCAAAGAAGAUCACCAACUUCCUGGCUGCCGGUUUGUUCCUUGUCUUUGGAGCUCGGUUGCUCCGCGAGGGUAUGGCCAUGAGUCCCGAUGAAGGCGUUUCCGCCGAGAUGCAGGAGGUUGAACAGGAGCUCGAGGAGAAGGAACACCUUGCCCGUAAGCAGGGCCGUAGGAGGUCGAGCGUUUCUCCCUACAGCCUGGAAAUGGGUCUUGGGAACCGCAAGUCUCGCUCCAAGUCCCGCUUCCCGACGCCGCCUCGAAGCCCCUCCAGCUCCCCCGAUGCACGAAACGCAUCGCCGCGUGGAAGAAACCUUACGGAAUGCCUCGCCGGUUUUAACAACCUUGUGUCUCUGCUUCUGAGCCCUGUCUGGGUCCAAACCUUCGUUAUGACCUUUUUGGGCGAGUGGGGUGACCGCAGCCAGAUUGCAACCAUUGCCAUGGCGGCUGGUCAGGAUUAUUGGUGGGUAACGCUCGGAGCUGUUGUGGGCCACGGUAUUUGCACGAGUGUUGCCGUUAUCGGUGGAAAGGCUAUUGCAGGCAAGGUCAGCCUGAAAGUUGUCACUGUCGGUGGUGCUGUUGCCUUCCUCGUCUUCGGCGUCAUUUACUUGGUUGAGGGCUUUUAUUCGUAGGCCAACAUGCUUAUGACGUCCCAGCCUCAAAUGCGUCACUCGUCCCUUUUAACAUCACUACGUCAACGGUGGAUCAUGAUACAGGCUGGGGAAACGGACUUCACAUAAAUAUGGGCUAUCGUGACGGUGGAUAUCAAAUUCGGUGUAAAAUUGAUUAGAAAAACGGAAUGAUAUCAUGACACCACCUUAGAAUGGGAAGGGUGGAAUGGCUCAACUUAGAAUGUAUUCUAUUUGUGAAGGCUUCUGUUGCGACAAGAUCAUCGUCUAUCGCCCUCGUGGAAGAAGCCUGUUCACAUUGGCGUGACAAAAGCAGCAUGGCAGAGGGAUGUGUAUGUAUUUAGCUGCUGGCAGAUUCACCAAAGUUAUGCCAAAUAUUGGAUAGUACGGAUGCUGGCGGCGUCUGGCAUGUAUAGAUGAAUCACGAGAACACCUUCCGAAUGACGUGUACUCAUGCGGUGUGGUGUUCAGCCCAAUACAUGAUGAUACA